ACGGACGCGUUUGUUAGACGCUGGUCGCGCGUUUCGGGGGAAAUUUUCCGUUUUCUCGCGUGAUUGUGAGGAAAUCUCGUGCAACACGUCCGCAGCUAACGUUAGAGCUAUAGCCGUCUGGACGUUCUGACCGGUAAAGCGAGAGUGUUGUCUGGAGGAUCGUGUUUCGCGUGUUGUAGUUCUGAGAAGUGCAUCGAGGCAACGUGAUCAUUUUUUUUGUAGGUGUGCGCGAUUUAGAAUCGGUGCGAGGGAUUAUCGAAAUUGCGAGUUGACCGAACGCGAUCAGGUUCAUCCGUGAUGAGCCGAAAAUAAGAUGCAUCGAUGCGCGUUGCCUCCCGCAUCGGUAUCACUGCUGUUGGUGUUUUUUCUGGUACCGUUCGCCGACCAAGCUGAGGAUGGGCUCGCCGCCGCCGACGAUCUCGUGUUCCGUUUCACCGAUCAGCUGUACAACGUCAGCAUCCCCGAAAACAGCGUCGCAAAGACCUACGCCGCCCGGUCUCCCGGUUCCCGACCCAUGGGUAUUGUGGUUCCUCCGAAUACGUUCUCAGAUAUUAGGUACAAGAUAGUCGAUGGAGACAGGGACAAGUUUUUCAAAGCCGAGCACCGGCUGGUGGGCGAAUUUUGUUUCCUUUUCGUCCGCAUCAAGACCGGCAACAACGACGUGCUCAACAGGGAACGCAAAGACAAGUACGUGCUCCAGGUGAGAGCUACGGCCAGUAUUAGGGAGGGCAAGCAGAAAGUCCAAUACACGUCGGAUACUACCGUCGUCGUGACCGUCCUCGACGUGAACGAUCUCAGUCCGUUGUUUUACCCGAUGGAGUACAACGCCACCGUCGCGGAAGACACCCCGGUGCACCGGAGUAUCGUCAAAGUCAUCGCCGAGGACGCCGACCUAGGUCGAAACGGCGAAAUCUACUACAGCUUCGCGGAACAGACCAACAAGUUCGCCAUUCAUCCCAUAACCGGCGUCGUAACACUGACCAGACCGUUGAGGUACCACGAGGGUACCUACCACGAGCUGACGGUGUUGGCUCAGGACAGGGGCGUGCCUCCUAGACAGAGUACCGGCAUGAGCACCGCUAAAGUCCGCAUCCGGGUGAAGAAGGUGAACUUUUUCGCACCGGAAAUACGGAUAAGGCGCCACCCGCAGAUAGUCGAGAACUCGAACGCCGACAUCUACGCCAUAGUGAACGUAUCCGACAGAGAUAGCGGGAUACACGGCGAAAUAGACCGGUUGGAAAUCGUAGACGGCGAUCCCGACGGCCAUUUUCGUAUCAGGGCGACCCGUCAGAAGGGCGAGUACAACAUCGAAGUGUUGAAGCUGCUCGACAGGGAAAAAACGCCCCAAGGAUACCAGCUGCAGCUGCGGGCCGUCGAUCGAGGUAUACCUCCCCGAGAGAGCUACAAGUCUGUGCCGGUUCAGCUGGCGGAUCUGAACGACAACCCGCCCGUCUUCAACAAGGAGAUCUACGACGUGAAGGUGCCCGAAAGCGCCCCGAUAAACACGCCCCUGAUCCGGCUAAAGGUGACCGAUGCCGACGAGGGUAGAAACGCUCAGGUGUUCCUCGAAAUUGUGGGCGGCAACGAGGGCGGCGAGUUCAACAUCAACCCGGAGACCGGCAUGUUGUACACCGCGGUGCCUUUGGACGCGGAGAAUAAGCAGUUUUACAGUCUGACAGUGUCCGCCAUCGACCAGGGCAACGCGGGCACCAGGAAGCAGUCGUCGGCGAAGGUGAAGGUGUACGUCGAAGACACGAACGACAACGAUCCGAUAUUCGACAAGUCUGAGAUGACGGUGUGGAUAGACGAGAACCUACCGGCCGGUACUUCGGUGACGACGGUACACGCGAAGGACAAAGACCGCGGCGAGAACGCCUACAUAUCCUACCUCAUCGCGAAUUUGAACCAGGUUCCGUUCGAGAUCGAUCACUUCUCGGGUACCGUCAAAACCACCCAGCUACUCGACUACGAGAGCAUGAGGCGCGAGUACGUGUUGAGGGUGCGGGCGUCAGAUUGGGGCCUGCCGUAUCGACGGCAAACGGAGAUGCAGCUCACGGUCAAGGUGAAAGACAUCAACGACAACCGCCCACAGUUCGAGAAGGUCGACUGUAUGGGUCACGUGUCGAGGCACGUACCCAUCGGGGCCGAAAUCAUAACCCUGUCGGCGAUCGAUUUCGACUCCGGCCAGAUAAUCAGUUACCGUAUCGUGUCCGGAAACGAAGACAAAUGCUUCAACGUGGACCCGACGUCGGGCACCAUCAGCGUCAGCUGCGACCUGAACGACGUCAAGGUGUCCGAACGCGAGCUAAAUGUCACCGCCACCGACAACACCCACUUCGCCGACAUCGCCAGGGUGAAGUUCAAGCUGGUGAACACCAAGAGAAGCGCGUUCACCAGCGGCAGAUUGCUCACCGACGACACCGGGAUGUUCGAGUGCAGGGAUACCGGCGUCGCGAGGAGACUGACGGAGGUCUUGGCCGACGCCGAGAACAAUAACGGGCCCGUCGCCGUGGAGGAUUUCCCGAUGAUGCCGACGCGUUACGGGCAAAACGUCCACGCGCCCGAAUUCGUCGACUUCCCCGUCGAGAUCAAGGUGAACGAAUCGGUCGCGUUGGGCACUUCGUUGGUGAAGUUGAGAGCCAGAGAUCGCGACCUCGGCUACAACGGCAAACUCGUCUACGGGAUAUCCGGCGGCGACGAACGUUCUCAGUUUUGCGUCGACAUGGAAACGGGGGAGCUCAAAGUGAUCGGUUACUUGGAUCGGGAGCGCGAGUUCGAGUACUUCCUGAACGUGACGGUGUACGAUUUGGGAAAGCCGCAGAAGUCGUCGUCACGCGUGUUGCCGAUCAGCGUGAUAGACGUCAACGACAACGCGCCCAAGUUUGAGAAAAGUCUGGCCAGUUUCCGGGUGACGGAAAACGCGAAGAACGGUACCGUCAUCUUCAGGGCGAACGCGACCGACGCCGACGAAGGGGACAACGCCAAGGUCACCUAUUCGCUGGCGACCGACACCAAAGACUUCGCCGUGGACCGAACUACGGGCGUCCUGACCGUAUCCCGAGCUUUGGACAGGGAACGACAGGAUAUUUACGAGUUGAGGAUCCGGGCGACGGACGGCGGCGGCAAAGAACCGGACAACCCCCCGCUGUUUUCGGAGGCGGUGGUGCGGAUAUCCGUGGACGACAUUAACGACAACGCCCCCAAGUUCAGUUUGCCGAAUUAUUCUGUAAAGAUACGCGAGGAUGUUCCCAAAGGUACGGUCGUAGCCGUCGUCACCGCCUUCGAUCCGGACCUGGGCGUCGACGGCGAAGUGCGAUACUCGUUGGAAGACAGCGACAGCGACGGGACCUUCGUGGUCGACAAACUGUCCGGCACGAUAAGGACCACGAAAGCUUUGGACUUUGAGGAACGCCAGGUGCACAGUCUGAUGGUGUUCGCUUCGGAUAGGGGUAACCCGAGUCUAUCGUCGGAGGCGACGGUCACCGUCCACGUAGUCGACGUGAACGAAAACGUUCACGUGCCUACUUUUAGUGACUCGGUGCUCGUUGGCAAAGUGUCGGAAAAUAAACCUCCGGGAACGGUAGUGACGCGAGUGAACGCGACGGAUGCGGAUCCUCCGGGUGGUGACAGUAACGUCGAAUAUGCGAUCAAGGGCGGCGACGGUAUCGGCCUGUUCUCCAUCGAUAACGAAGGAAUUAUCAGGACCACUGCUAUUUUGGACGUCGAGACGAAAAAUCACUACUGGUUGACCGUGUUCGCCCAAGACCACGGCGUAGUUCCACUUUACUCCAGCGUCGAGGUCUACAUCGAAGUGCUCAACGAAAAUGACAACAUGCCUCUCAGCGAACGACCCGUUUACUAUCCCAGCGUACUGGAGGAUAGCCCGCCUGGCGUCGAGGUGCUCCAGAUCAAAGCCACGGACAGGGAUCGAGACCCCGCGCAACAGCUGUCUUUCAAAAUCGCGACCGGUAAUCCCGAGGGAUUUUUCGCAAUCAACUCUUCCACAGGCAUCAUUACGACUACUUCUAGAAGACUGGAUAGGGAAACUCAAGACGAACACAUAUUGGAGGUAUUGAUAGCCGACAACGGAGACCCGCCUCUUUCGUCGACCACUCGAGUGGUGGUGAAAGUGGAAGACAUCAACGACAACGCGCCCGAGUUCGAACAGAUCUCCUACAGCGUCAGCAUUCCAGCUACGGGAAAUUACGACAGGGCCAUGUUUCAGAACGAUGCUCGAGGAUACUUGGUGGACGAUUUCGACGGUGCCGAUGCCGCUACCGACUCGGAGCCGUGGGAAAGUCACGGGCCUCGUGACUUUAAGGAUUUAGAUCCCGCCGUACGGGUGUUAGCGUUUGACCGAGACGCAGGAGACAACGCCCGUUUGAGGUACCACAUCAAAUCGGGAAAGGGCCGCUCCAAGUUUAAGAUUGACAACAGUACCGGCAUGGUCUACGCCCAAAAGGGCUUCGAACCCGGUCAAGAAUAUGAGCUGAACAUCAAGGCUACGGACAACGGCAACUCAACCAAAAGCAGCAUCUGCAAAGUGUCGGUACGGGUUGUCCCGGUUCCGGAAACUUCCAAGCAUCCUCCUACUGUUAAAACACCUCAGCCCGUUAAACUGACGGAAGGUGACGGAAUUGGCUUCUUGGUAGCACUCAUCCAGGCCACCGACCUAGAUAACGAUACGCUGUGGUACGACAUUGUGGGUGGUGACGAGCGAAAUGAUUUUUACAUAGGGAGGGAUACGGGUAACAUCCUCAUAGCGCACAAGCUCGACCACGAGCUCCAAAACGAGUACUUCCUUAACAUCAGCGUGACCGACACUGUGAACGUCGCUUACACUCAGCUGAACGUCACCGUCAUUGACAUCAACGAUCACCGUCCGGAGUUUUCCGAUUCGUCGUACAAAGUGGAUAUUUCGGAAGCCGUACCUGUCGAUACGGAAAUUUUCAAGCUUCGUGCGACCGACAAGGACGAAAACGACAAACUCAUAUACAGUUUUUAUUCCGCGGAAAAUAUUGUUUCGUUAAAAACGUUUAAACUGGACUCUAUCACCGGAGUUAUCAUGCUGGCGAACGCUUUGGAUCGCGAAACGUUGUCCGAACAUGUCCUAACGGUUAUGGUCCGCGAUGGCGGAACCCCAGCCAAAAAGAACUUGGCCAGGUUGCACAUAAUAGUCCACGACCACAACGACCACGCUCCCCACUUUACCGAUAAGAUAUUGGUGGGAAAAGUAUACGAAACUGCAGCUGUGGGUAGUGUGGUGCUCCGCGCUUUAGCUGUGGACCACGACAAAGGCGAGAACGCUCGUAUAUCGUACUCAAUCGUCAGCGGCAAUGUCGGUAACGUAUUCUCCAUCGACCCGGAUAUGGGGACGAUAAAGACUGCCCGCGAAUUGGACUUGAUGACGGCCUCCGAGUACACUCUGCACAUUAAAGCAAUGGACCACGGUCAACCGUCGCUGUCUUCGACCGUACCGGCUCACAUCUCUCUGACGAUGGCCGAUAAUGCCCCUCCCAGGUUCGUCAACAAAGAGAUUGCCGCCGAAAUCUACGAGGACCAACCGCUGGGUAGCUACGUGGCUCACAUGGACGUCAGAAGCACCUCGUCGUUGCAAUUCGAAAUCUUGGCUGGCAACGAAGACGGCGUCUUCAUAGUCAGCCCCAGCACCGGAGUAAUCACGACGCAGAAGUAUUUGGAUUACGAGACCGACAAGUUCUACAACUUAACUGUGAUAGCCACUAACAUGGCAUCUGUUUCCGCAACGUGUAACGUCAUCAUCCAUAUACUGGACAAAAACGACAACGUUCCUCAAUUCCUGCAGUCUCAUUACUACGGAUUGGUGAGCGAAUCGGUGCCGAUCAACUCACUGGUGUUGACAAACGCUAGCGAGCCGCUGGUGAUCAAAGCUACUGACGCGGAUUCCGAGAGGAACGCGCUACUUCAUUUCGACAUAAUCGAAGUGCUCCCCAGGAGAUACUUCCAAAUCGACUCGAAUACGGGAGCGAUACGCACCAUAAGAUUGUUAGACCACGAGGCCAUGCCCAACUUCAGUUUUCACGUGCAGGUGUCGGAUAUGGGGAAACCUAAACUCGAGUCCGAGACUACUGCCAAAGUGGACAUCGUCGUCACGGACGUCAACGACUGUCCCCCGCUUUUCACAAGCGCGUCUUACAACGUAACGCUUCUACUGCCUUCGUAUAAAAACGUGGCGGUCAUUCAAGUGAACGCCACCGACCCGGAUAGUUCCGAGAUCGACUACCUAAAGUACGAUAUCAUCGAGGGCAAUAAAAUCGGCUCAUUCGCGAUCGACUCGCGAUCGGGCCUCAUCACGCUCGCAGACCCGGAAAAUUUAAAACCUUUGAACAAGUUGCAUGUGCGCGUAUCCGAUGGGAAGUUCUCCAGCAUCGCCAAGGUCUACGUGCGUGUGGAGGAUUCGGACAAUUCGGGUUUAGCUUUUCAGAAAGCGUUCUACGAGGGUAACAUCAUCGAGAACACCACCAAAAUCACCACCGUCUGCGUGGUUAAUGUGUUGGGCAGCGCUCUUAACGAACACUUGGAAUUUGCGAUCCUCAAUCCGACGGACAUGUUCACGAUAGGACCAACGUCGGGUGUAAUACGCACCACCGGUAAAAAAUUCGACCGAGAGUUGCGGGAUAACUAUGAGCUCAUCGUCGAGGCGAAAAGUAAUGCGCCGCCUAGAGACCGACCUAGGGUUGCACACGUUGUGGUCAACGUCACCGUGCUCGACAUCAACGACAACUGUCCGAUGUUCGUAAACUUGCCGUACUACGCGGUAGUGUCGGUGGACGACGAGAAAGGUUCCGUUAUCGCCCAAGUUCACGCGAUCGACUUGGACGCGUCGGAGAACGGGGAAGUCCGUUACGAACUCAUCCGAGGUCACGGAGAACUAUUCAAGGUGCAGAGAGAGACCGGCCACAUCGAGAUCAAGCAGAAACUCGAGGGACACAAUCGAGAGUACGAACUCCUUAUCGCGGCCUACGACAAAGGGAUUACACCGUGCAGGACUGACGUGACGGUCCACGUAAAGGUUAUCGACAAGUCGAUGCCGGUAUUCAAGAAGCAAUUCUACACCGAAACGGUUCCAGAGAAUGUGGAACUUCACUCGCCGCUAUCGGUAUCCAUCGAGGCCGAGUCGCCGUUAUCGAGGAAAUUGAUUUACAGUAUCGUCCGUGGCAACGAACUGGAGGAGUUCGCGUUGGAUUUCAACACCGCUCCUGACAGUAGCAACGGCCCUUCCGUGAUAUCGGUGAUAGACGAAUUGGAUUACGAGCAAACGCCCCAAUACGAACUUCUCAUAAGGGCGACCGAUUCCGUGUCCGGUGUUCACGCCGAGGUACCCGUCUCCAUCGUCCUUCAAGACGUGAACGAUUGUCCUCCCGAAUUCGGUCAGGAAAACUACAACGUGUCCGUUUCGGAAGCGGCCCAGUUCGACACGCCCGUCCUGACCGUAGUCGCACACGACAACGACACCGGAAUCAACCAGAAGAUCACUUACUCUAUUCAGAAGGACAACAACAACGCAACGGACUACUUCUACAUCGACGAACACGACGGCAGCGUCUACUUGAAACAAUCGCUAGAUCACGAAGAAGCUAGCUCGCAUCACUUCGUCGUAGUCGCGACAGACCAAGGCGUGCCCAGCUUGAACAGUACCGCCCACGUUUGGCUCAAAGUCAUCGACAUGAACGACAAUCCGCCGAAAUUCGAGCAAACGUCCUAUUCCUGCGGACUGUCGGUGAGCGCAAAACGAGACCAAUUCGUGACCCUCGUGAAGGCUAGCGACGUGGACGAAGUGGAUCGCGACAACCUACGUUACACCAUAGUGUCGGGCAACGAGCAGCAGACCUUCUCCAUGGACCCGGCUACGGGAAUAGUCACCCUAGUGAACCUCGCUAACUUCGGCAACCAGAAAAUGAUGCUGCUGAACGUCUCGGUGAGCGACGGAGUGUACACUAGUUUCGUCCGCCUCAAGGUGGAACUGAUUCCCGCAAAUUUGCAUGCGCCGAGAUUCCGGGACGUCGUCGUCGACGUAACGGUACCCGAAAAUCGUAUGCCAGGUAUUACGCUGACCACCUUGAACGCCACCGAUCAGGAUUUCGGGGAGUUUGGUACCGUGACUUACACCAUUCAUUCGGAUUUGUUGAACGAAAUAUUCGCGAUCGAUAAACAUUCGGGACGGCUACAAACCAGGACGCGGUUGGACCGCGAGAAACGGAAGCAGUACGAGAUUCCGGUGAUGGCGUCGGACGGCGGCGGCCUGAACGCGUUCCUCAUGGUGCGCGCGAGGGUGACGGACGAGAACGACAAUCCUCCCCGAUUCUUGCUCAAAGAAUACAAAGUGAGCAUCCCGUCAAAUUUCACUACAGGUUUGACGUUCGCCAAAGUGAAAGCGGUAGACGCGGACGAUGGCCCGAACGCAGAGAUCGAGUAUUCGAUUUACGAGAAGAAGUCGUCGGAAGUGACGAAUAUUUUCGGAAUCAAUCCCAUCACCGGGGAAAUGUUUUUGUUCGGCAACGUGUUCGCGUGGGUGGGCGAGGUCUUCCAAUUCUUCGUCCGGGCAACCGACAAAGGUAAACCGGAACGAAAGCACUCUGACGUACCGGUCAACAUCGUCGUCAUGGGCCCGAACGAUUCGCCACCAGUGUUCGAGCGUAAAGACGGAAAGUUCUUCCUGUCGGAAAACACCCCGACCGGCACCGCGAUCGCGAGGCUUAAGGUGGUGUCGAACGUGUCGGUCAACUUCCAGAUCGUCUCGGAUUCCGAGGAAGACCCCCAGUUCAGCGUCGACGGCCAAGGUCAGCUGUCGCUGGCGCGGCCGCUAGACUUCGAGGUCCAGUCAAGUCACGUCGUAGGGGUGUUGGCCCUGACCGACUCCAGCCCGCCCCUGACCGCGCUCUCCGAGAUCACCCUUCAGGUCCAAGACGAGAACGAUCAUGCGCCACAAUUCGAGAGCGCUGCGUACGAAUUGAUUCUGGCAGAAAAUGUCGCGGAAGGCACGCCCAUUCUCAAGGUCAUCGCCCACGACGAAGACCAAGGCAGCAACGGCGAGAUCCGGUACAGUUUGACAUCAGAGACCACCGACAUCAUAAACUGUUUCGCGAUCGACACUCAUACGGGUUGGAUCAGCACGCUGGUGAGGCUAGACAAGGAAACGCGGGCCGAGUACAAGUUCUACGUCACCGCUACCGACAACGGCACACCCAGGCAUUCGGCCCGCGCGUUUGUCGUCAUCAGAUUAAAGGACUACAACGACAGUCCUACAGUCUUCAAAUCCGAUUUCUACGAGAGCUCCGUUAGAGAAGAUGCCUUACCCGGCACGGUUCUACUUACUUUAACGACUAGCGACGCCGACGUCGACCUGACGACGCCGGUAGACUUUUAUAUAACGUCGGGCGAUCCCUCUUCUCAAUUCCAGAUCAGGCAGACCGGUGAACUCUACGUCGCGAAACCCCUCGACAGGGAAAGAGUUGCCGAUUACGAUUUGAACAUAAUCGUCACCGACGGCUUGUUCACGAACGCUACCAAAGUCGCCGUUACCAUUCUGGAUGCCAAUGAUAACGCGCCAUAUUGCCUGAAGUAUCGCUACAAGCAAGUGCUAUCCGAGGGUAUCGUUCCCGGUUCAUUCGUCCUUUCGGUAUUGGCAACCGACCUCGACGGACCGGACCACUCGAAACUGCGAUACGUUCUUUCCGGGGAAGGUUCCGAGAGUUUCCUGCUCGACAAGGAUACGGGCUACCUCAAAACCGUACUGCCUUUGGACCGGGAAACUCAAGCUAAAUACGCGCUGACCGCUCACGUCCACGACAAAGAGCACGCCAGUUGGGAAUGCUCGUCCCGCAUCGAGCUGGUCAUCUCCGACCUCAACGACAACGCGCCCGUCUUCAGUUUACCAGACUACAAGGCGGCGCUUCCCGAAGACGUAGAAACCGGUACCCUAGUGACGAAGAUACACGCCACCGACGCGGACAUCGGUAUCAACCGCAAAAUCAAAUACUCGUUUCUGGAUUCGUUCAACGACCAUUUCCUGAUGGCGCCGGACAGCGGUAUCGUCACCUUGGCUAAACCGCUGGACCGCGAGAUCAGAGCUUUCUACAAUUUGACGGUGCAAGCGGCCGACCAGGGCACGCCCCAGCUAUCCACCGUUACCCACCUAGUGGUCAACGUCCAAGACAUCAACGACAACCCGCCGGAAUUCGCGAACAAAUACUACUUCGCGACGGUGCCGGAAAUCGACGCCAUCGGUACCGAGGUGGUACGGGUGCUGGCAACCUCCAAGGACAUAGGACCGAACGCGGAAGUCUUCUACUCGAUCAUCGGGGGUAACGAGCACAAGAAAUUCGCCAUCAACAAGACGACGGGCGUUAUCACCAUAGCCGACACGCUGGACUACGAGAGAGCUAAGGACUAUUUCCUGACGAUCCAAGCUAUAGACGGCGGCAUCCCGCCGCUUAGUAACAUCGCCACCGUCAACAUCACCGUCACCGAUUGUAACGAUAACGCGCCGGUAUUUAACCAGGCGUCGUAUAGCGCCAGGAUAAGGGAAGACGCGUCCGUCGGCGACAAAAUUUUACAGAUCGUCGCGACGGACCUGGACAGCGGCGCCAACGGUAACGUCACCUACUCGAUCAUCCACGGCGACAAUCAGCGCCGCUUCGCCAUGGACGAACAAUCCGGCUACGUUUCUGUUGCCGCCCCCUUAGAUAGGGAGUCCGUAUCCGGUUACGUCCUCGAGAUAUUAGCCAAAGACAACGGUGUGCCCGUGCUUUCUAGACAAACGCUGCUCAAUAUAGAGAUAUCCGACGCCAACGACAACCCCCCGUUGUUCUCUCAGACGAACUACACUGCGGUGAUACAAGAGAACAAACCGCUUGGCUACCCGGUUCUGAGGUUCGAAGUAAACGACGACGAUGUCCCGCCCAAUACCGUGCCGUACACGUUCGACAUCAGGUUAGGCAACGAAGGCAACUAUUUCCGUCUGGAUCAGGACGGCGUGCUCAGAACCGCAGCGAAAUUCAACCACAAAAUCCGCGAUAACUUCUCGUUACAAAUACGGGUGUUUGAUAACGGCAGCGCGCCUCUUUAUUCCGACACCUGGGUCGCCGUCAAGGUGAUCGAGGAGUCGCAGUACCCGCCGAUCAUCACGCCGUUGGAGAUCAACAUAAACUCGUACCUGGACGAAUACCCGGGCGGUACUAUAGGCAAAGUGUAUGCCAACGACCAAGACCGAUACGACACUCUGACGUAUUCGCUUCACCCGACUGCCGGGGUCGCCUACCCCACCCACGAGCUUUUCCAGAUCAACAGAACUGACGGUACGCUGAUAGCGUUGCCGCGCCUCGACGUCGGCGAGUACCGCCUCAACGUCUCGGUCACUGACGGAAAAUUUUUCACCCAUCACGUGGUGAAAAUCAACGUGGAGGUGCUCUCCGAGGGGAUGCUUGAAAAUUCGGUAGGCGUGCGGUUCAGGGAUAUCACUCCGGAGUCGUUCGUUCUCAGUCACAGGAAGGGAUUCGUGCGGGCAGUCCGAAACGCUAUGAGUUGCCGCCUGAAGGACGUGGUGAUCAUCAGCGUUCAGCCGUCAUUGGACGAGGACUUGCUAAGGGCGAAACGCAACGCCCAUAAGGACCUGGACGUCCUGUUCACCGUCCGGAGACCGGACGACGGCUUUUACGGCCCCGACAGUAUCAGAAAAGCUCUGAACGAUAACCUGGAGGAGCUCGAGGAGAGCACCAAGCUCGUAGUCGAGGAGAUAAUCCGUUUAAAGUGUAACGCACAAUACUGCAUGUACGGCGUGUGUCAGGAUCGCUACGUGCUCGAUAUCUCGGUAAUCGAACCCAUCUCCACGGAUGUCACUAGUUUCGUGUCGCCGCGACACCGCCAGAAACUGGAGUGUCUCUGCAAAGAGGGUUACGGCGGCGAAAAGUGCGACACGAUAGUUAACGAGUGCGCGCGCGACCCGUGUCCCGCGUACAAAAUCUGCGUGCCCGACGCAUCCCAGACAGGUUAUUCCUGCCAAUGUCCGGAAGGUUACGCAGGCGCGUCCUGUGACGUCGACAUAUCCAAGUGCCACGACCAGAACUGUUACAUCGCUCGAAAUCCGAUCUCGUUCGCCGGUAAAAGUUACUCGCAGUACCGGAUCAUCAACAAAAAGUCCAUCGAGGACCAGUUGAGCCUUAGCCUGCGUGUGCGCACGCUCCAACCUACCGGCAAUUUGAUGUAUGCCGCCGGCAAGGUCGACUACAACAUCCUGGAGAUAGUCAACGGCGGCGUCCAGUACCGUUUCGAACUGGGCAGUGGUGAAGGUAUAGUCCGCGUGGGUGACGUUUACGUGUCCGACGGCAGUUGGCACGAGAUCAAAUUGGAACGGGACAGGAACAACGCCAAGAUAAUCAUCGACGGAACGUUCACGGCCCAAGGCUCCGCGCCCGGGGUCAGCGAGAUUUUAAACCUCCAGAGCGAUGAGAUGUACUUGGGCGCCGAAGUACACCAGCACCCGUCGAUAUUGGGCUUCGAGGACGUACAAAAGGGUCUCUCUGGUUGUAUGGACGACAUCCGCAUCAGCCGCGUGUCGGUGCCGUUGCACAAGUCCGGCGAAAAUUCGGUCGUCGUCCUGAAACGCUUCGCCAACGUGGAGUUUAGUUGCGACACCGGAACCGUUCUGACCCCACCAGGUCCGUGCGGUUCCCAGCCCUGCAUGAACGGCGGCACUUGCCGGGAAACAAAGACCGGAUUCGACUGCGAAUGCCACGCCCGCUACAAAGGGACGCUCUGCGAAUUGGACACGGACCCGUGCGCGUCCGGCCCGUGCCUCUACGGUGGGAAGUGCACUCCCACCAUCGCCGGCGACUACGUCUGCGAGUGCGUUCUACGCCUGAGCGGUAAACGAUGCGAGUACGGCAGACACUGCUCGCCGAAUCCGUGCAAGCAUGGCGGCGUCUGCGAGGAAGGCGACGACGGACCGUUGUGCAAGUGUCGUUCUUUCGCCGGCGACUUCUGCGAGUACGACCUCAACGAGUGCGACUCGAACCCGUGCCAAAACGGCGGCACGUGUUUCAACGAGAUCGGUUCGUUCAGGUGCGCGUGUCCGCCCACCGUGACGGGUCCGUUAUGCGCGAACGGAGUCUACGAGACCGCCUUCUCGACGACGUUCUUCAACGUCACUUGGAAGGAUCUUCUGUACGCGGCCGUCGCGUUAUCCGCCUUGCUUCUCCUCACGUUGAUCGUGUGUUGCACGUGCUGCGUGAGACGACGCGCCAAGAAACGAAGACGCGAAAUGAUCAACAACGAGAACGUCAAAGACAACAACGUGCUCAACUCGAAUAGGCCCCACGAGAUGUGCGAUUUUAAACGCGGUUCGAAACUCAGCAACCUCGAGGUGAACCACCGCGAGCUGCAACCGAUGUGUCAGCCGAGGCCGCUGUCGUACACUCCCAGUUCGCAAAACGACGCCGCGUACGGAUGCAACAACAACAGCGCGGCGGCGACGCUGAUGCUCAACAAUCUCGACACGCUGCGCAGCUAUGGCUCGGCGGGAGACGAGUUAGAGAACGUGCCGCCCGACUAUGUGCGCAACCUGAACCGCAGCAUGCCGCAAGGUUGCGUGACCGGCAACUACAACGACUCGGAGAAAAUCAAGUGGGCGGAGCAAGUACAGCUGGCGUCAAACUUCGGCGACAAGGCGAAGAUUAAAAACGAUUACAAGAUUUCGAGUCCGAUGAACUGCGAGCCGCCGAGCAGAUUGUACGGCGGGAGGAGCAACACGGUGGCGACGAGCAAUUUGAGGCCACCAAAUCUGCCCGAGGACGACCAAAGGAACGUGGGCAGUUAUCAUUGGGAUUGUUCCGAUUGGGCACGGCACAGCCAGACCCUGCCCAACAUCACCGAGGUGCCGGGCAGUGAGAUCCCCGACUCGUCCAGCUUCCACAGCAACGAGAGCAACGAGUCGCGAGUCACCAACCACCUGCCGCACCAUCGGAGGCCGAACGGAGUCGCCGCCCCCACCCUGAACGAAGUGGAUGCCGAGUCCGAGGAGGGGAGGAGCAGUUCGAACGGUUUGAACGCGCUUGGCGACGCGGGCAGCGAAGACUACAGGUUUACCACAGUGCCUUUAAUAAUUAUUAAACCGACAGAGAGCUAUAUACGUCACCCCAACUCGUACCUUCCCUCGCACACCUACAACAUCAGGAGCGAAGCGGACUCGCUGCAAAGUCCUGGGGCCGAUUCCGACGACGUGGAGCCCUACGGCUUCCCCAGCAACCGUAACAGGCGCAAACAUAUCGACGACGACAUUUCAUCUGUGAUAACCACUUUAGCAGAGGAGCGCAACUCUUUACUGGGUGGCUGCUACGCAAGCAACAGCGAUCUCUCGACCAACCUGUGCGAAAUCGAAGACUCCGAGUGCGAGACCGAACACAAGCCGCUCAACUAUAUGUCGGGGGUGCACCAGACGUCCGUCUGACACACGCCCGCCCCUCGCGCCGCCCCCAAAAAGAGGGUGCGUUUCUUGGGAUAGCACACCGUCAUCGUCCUGCCCCGUCGUGACACGUAGGCGUCGGGGAUGACGUCUAUAGCUCCGGGUCUCCGCCAUUAUCAAGCAACUGCGCAGGGUGUUUCUGUAUUUUAUGCCCCACGUUUGUAAAUACCCUAGCGCAGAAACACCCUGUACGUUUAUUGUAAGGGUUAUUCACGUAAACCUAAAUUAACAGCUACAAAUAUUUUAACCCGAGUGUCCUCUAAAAUCCCCUAUCCCCUAAUAAUCCUUUAAUGAAAAGGUUUUGUGCAUAACCCGAUAACAGUCGGAACCCAAACGUGUAUCGAAAUCUGGUGACGCUUCUCGGUCACCGCGUUUAUCAUGGUUUUUGCAUAUCACGAGAAAGCCCUACCGAACCACCUGGGGUUGUCCGAUAAACCACUUCUCAAAUAUUGUGUAAAUAAAACGAACCAUAUUUUUAUAAAGUUGAUUAAACGUUGUGUUUUAUGUAGGCCCUUGUUUAUGUAAUUGCGAUGCGACGAAUUAAGUUUGUUGAGACCCUAAGGGUGGUAAGGAAACUAGGUUAAUUUUAAGAAUAAACAUGUGCCUCGACCACGAUACGUGAACUGCCUAAGCGAACGGCAGCUCCCUAAAUACCAUUUAAAUAAACUUAUUAAUUAUUGUUAACGCGGGAUAUAGACUUACUUUACCGGCAACUAAGCGGCAGUUCUUUUUUCCUUCAUGUAACUUAUAAAUUAAUGUUAAGGUAACUGAAAAUAUUGUGUCCUAAUUUAUUUUGAGUUGGAACGUCUUUUUUUACUUUUUUAAAUGAUGAUUUUUGGAACUCGGAAACAGCUGAUUGUUAAUACUGAGCCAUCAGUAUAGAUGUAAUUUUUUUAUAAUAAAUGGCAG